GAAAGCGAAUCGCACAACUCUCGGUUUUUGCAACCUGCCACUUCCGUCACUUGCUCCUGCAAGAGCCAAGUGCUUUUUAGGGCAACCGACAUGACAGGCGGGGGGUUUCGUUUGACGAUCGUCAUUUUACGUGGGGCGGCGCAGAGUUGAUAAGUGGGACAUACGCUCCAGCAUCUCGGUAUUUCAUAGUGAACUCGCCAUCAAGUCGGACCAUCCGUCCAGGAGAGUCACCGUCACAUAUCCUCGUGUUUCUUCGUAUCGAGCUUACUCCGCGACAAAGUACUCGCAAUCUCGCCCACGUACACUCAUCGCUUAAGUCAUAUUCCAACAAUAUGGCGCCGAAUUUGUUCGGCAGUUCAGCGACUUUAUUCCUCGAAGCUUCUCAGCAGAAUGUAUCGCAAAAGAAAUCGGCGGCAGAGAAGUCUGUGACGCAAAAAUUGCCGAUCCAAAAGGCACAAAGCUCGAAGCCUAAGAAUCAAUGGAAGAUUGUCUGGAGAAACAUGAUAGCUUUUGCCUACCUUCAUAUCGGUGCACUCUACGGAUUGUAUAUUUUAAUAACGGCUGCCCAAUUUUACACGUUCGUUUGGUCUAUCUCAGUCGGAUCUUUUGCUGCUGUCGGUGUUACAGCAGGCGCUCACAGAUUGUGGGCUCACGGAUCUUACAAAGCGAAAUGGCCGAUGAGAAUUAUCCUUAUGCUUUUGCAGACCAUAGCUUUCCAAAAUCAUAUUUAUGAGUGGGUGAGGGAUCACCGAGUCCAUCAUAAAUUCACGGACACGGACGCGGAUCCUCACAACGCGCAGAGGGGUUUCUUCUUUUCGCACAUGGGCUGGCUUUUGGUCCGUAAGCAUCCGGAUGUCAUCAGCAAAGGGGCUACGAUUGAUAUGAGCGAUCUCGAGAAGGAUUUUGUUGUCGUCUGGCAACGCAGGCUUUACAUCAUCUUGAUGCCUGUUUUCUGCUUUCUGCUUCCCACUUGGGUACCGUGUCACUACUGGAACGAGAAACCCAUGUACGCGUGGUACGCCACCCUCUUCAGAUACACGCUGUCGUUGCAUGUGACUUGGCUGGUGAACUCCGCGGCCCACAUUUGGGGCAUGAAACCGUACGACAACUCCAUUAGCCCCACCGACAGCUACAGCGUCGGCAUCGGCGCCUUCGGCGAGGGCUGGCAUAAUUACCAUCAUGUGUUCCCGUGGGACUACAAGGCGGCCGAGUUGGGUAACUAUCGUACGAACUUCACCACCGCCUUCAUCGACUUCUUCGCCUGGAUCGGCUGGGCGUACGAUCUGAAGACCGUAGCGUACAGCAUGAUAAAGAAACGCGCGGAGCGAACGGGCGACGGGUCGAAAUACGAGCGACAUACGGACGGUCAUCGUGACGAGCAUCAUCAUUCACACGAGGGGGUUAUAUGGGGGUGGGGCGAUGCCGAUAUGGCGCCUGAAGAUAUGCAGGAAGCCCAGAUCAUCAACAAGGGUGACUGAGCCCCGAGAUUCGGCCCUUCAAAAUUUCCGUACAUGCGGCAUUACAACUCGGAGUUGCGCAGAACGUGGAUAUCUGACAGACGUUUAUGAUUUAUGACGGUAUUGUAGAUUCAUAAUGAAUCCGAUCAUGUCUGAAAAUCUAGUAUAUUGUUAUACAUUGUGUGAAGUAAUCUCCUUUUAUAGAUGUGUAGUACUUAUUACAUCGUUAUCGAUAGAUCAACAAUAAUGGGACUAUGAUGGUUGUUAAAUUAAAAUUGUUUUAUUUUUCUUCCAACAGCUCUUGUGCAUGUACUGCAAUGCUGCUGUAUCAUGCAAUCGGUGGAAAUGACGCGUCUAAUUGUAAGACGCGACUGUGAUUACAACUAUUUUAAAUAUUUAUUUGAAUAGAAAUAUUGUUUAAUAUUUAUAUGAGAAUAACGGUUUAAAUUUGUAAUUUUAAUAUCAUGUUUAUUCCAUUACUAGGUAUUCAACAUAUUUUUGAGAUUAUCACUAUUUUUCAUUUCUUGUAUAAUUCGUUAUGAAUUACAUUUCUAUGCAAAAAUUUAUUUUUAAAAAUUUACGCAAAUUUCACAUCAAAAUACUUAAAAAUUUAUGUGAAAAGAAAACAUGCCAUCGUGUGUUUCAUGUUUAAAUUAUCGAUAAGGAUACUACAUUUGUUGGGCGUGCACGCUCUACGUUACAAAGUCCCGUUGUAUAUUGUCGGGUAAGGAUACAUAAUCGCCCAAAGAACAAUGAUCGUUUAAUGGCGUCAAUUAAUAUAUUUAUUAUAUAAUAUUUUAUUCGUACGUUGUUAUAUCGUUCCUCUCUUCAAAACGGCCGUUGGAAAUACGAGUCGUGAGUUCGAUCGCCUUGCAAUGAAGGGGCGGAAAUGGCGCGACAGCGAUUUUUCGGACCGAAUCAGGUUCCAGGAUCGAUGGAUCAGAGGUGUUUUCAGUCAGGGAUCUAUGAGCGCGAAAGGCGUAUUAUAAUAGCAUCUCUCACUCGGGAUAAAUUUGAAAAAAAAACUCGGCCUCGUUAUAGAGAAUAAAUCGAGAUUUCGCGAAUCCGAAAUGGUGAAGCGACGAUCUGGAUUAGAGAGUGUGCUGGCGUGUCGUACAAUCAAUUACGUAUGUACCUACGAAAUCAAAUUCAUUCGUGGCCUUCUGAAUGACUGUUUAUGCAUUUAGAUUUAUCGCGCGUUUAGAUGCGCGAAACUGUUUUGGCGAACCUCGAAGUCAAUUCCGUAAUAAUUGCGACGCGACAGAACGCGAAUCGUUAUCUAACUUCUAACGUUGUUGUAAUAUCAAGUAGCCAGUUUAAUAAAUUUUAGGCACUGUCAUUAUUAGCCGGAAAUUCAUAUUCAUCGCGAUUCAUAGAAAACAAAAAUAAUUGAGACGAUAGAAGAUUCGUAUGUGACAAGCGAUUUAGUUUUAAUGAUUAUUGACCAUAUAGAUGACACAACUGUAGCUCAUAACAUCAUUAUUGCACAAGCGAUCGUAAAUAGUAGGCGUUUUAAUUGACUUUUCGAUUUGUCUCGACACGACGACGAUAAAGGUUCCAUCAUAUCGUGUCACUUUCGCUCGUCGAGUAUCACGCCAGUCGCGUUUCUCAUUUUGAUUAUUGCGAAUACUUGAUGACAUUGAAUCAAAGUUAAUGCAAAAACAAAAAAAAUGUAAGGUCAUAAUUUUUAAAGAUUUAUUCUUUAAAUAAAAUACAAAAUUAUAAA